AAAUGUACUAAAUACUAAGUAUGAACUCGGCACUCUAUGAAUGAAAGAUUACUGAUUUAAUAUAGAAACAGCUGAUUCGAAUCUGUGUGUCAAAAGAUUCCAAGAGGUUAUGUGCAUUAUUUAUUUUUCAUAUGUCUGAAUUUGAAUGACUUAAAAAUUGUAAAAUAAUCAGUAUUGAACAAAAAUAUGCGUUGCCGAUACAGAAAUUUCCAAGAAAAUGAAGUCUUCUGGCGAGUUGUAUUAUAUUGCAUACAUUUUAAACUUUGUUUUUGUAUUAGAUCGUACCACCUGUGAAUUGUUGUUACAAAAUUUCUGUUAGUAAUUAACAAUGGCAGAUACUGAAAAAAUGUUUGUUUGCUCUUCGUUUGGAUGCAAUAUGAGUUUUACAGAUGAGGAUCAGUUAUUGGUUCACAAGAAAAAACAUGACAUGAUAUUAAAUCUUGGAAAUAGUUCUAAGAAUAAUGGUUUUGUUGCAGAUCAAACACCUACGCCAACACGUUUUAUCAGAAAUUGUGAAGAGGUUGGAUUAUUUCAAGAUUUACAAAAUGUAAAUCCUUUUGAAGAAACUUUUAGAAGAGCAGUAGAAUCAGGAAAUACUGGUACUCUUACGGUACCAGAGGCUGGACUUACAGAUGAUACAUUGCACACACCUCAUAUAUUUCCCCAUAUCGCAGAUGUAUUGUCUAGUAACAAUCAAAUGUUAUCUGAAAACUCUGUGCCAGAAUGUAACAGUAUUUCAAUUGAAAAAAGCACAGAAGGAAAAGCUACCAUUGAUAGUGAAGUUUGUACUCCUGUGAAACUUACCGAAACGGAAGAGGAAAACUUAUUAAAAGAAAAAUUUGAAUCAAGCGUUGAACGAAACGUAACAUUAACAGAGAAUAUUAUCAAUCAAGUUACGCAUGCACCAAUAAUACCGAAAGUUUUACAAGAACAAUCAAGUUCGCAAUUGUCAUUUAAUGGUGAGGAGGUUCAAUUAUUGCUAAAAACAGCCGAUGGAAAAUUAAUGCAAUUAUCGGCGAUUCCACUUUGUGAUUCUAUUGACACGACAAACGUACAGUCUUUGAAGCAACAAACAGUUGUUAUAAAAACAGAACCUCUUCUGCAAUGUAAUACAAGAUUACAGCUCAAAAAAUCUGCUAUUUCUACAUUGUCUCUAGCAAAAAUGAAAUUAAAACAAACUUUAACAAAAGCUACCGGUUCGCAAAAUCAAAAACCCAAUGGUAAUCUUCGGAAAGAUGAAUUAAAUAAUGCGAAAAGAGAAAAUAGAAGUAAAACGAUAGAGGAUCAAUUGAAAAAAAAAGAAAUUCUAGAACGUAAUCGUGCUAGCUCCAUGAGAGCAAGAGCAAAAAGGAAAGCGUGGAUACAACAACUUGAAAGAACGGUCACUAAUGUAAACGAAACUAACGUAGCACUCCAGAUGGAAAUAAAGGUUUUACGAACGGAGGUUGCUAAAUUAAAAACGCUUCUAUUGGCUCAUAAAGAUUGUCCAGUUACAAAAGCAAUGCAAAAAGGAAAUGGUAUAAUACUCGGUCCAAAAAUAAUAUCUGUAAAUUCAGACGCUAUAACUAGCCCAAUUCCAGUGACAUCAACAGUGAAAAGAUCUACUUUUUCUUCCACGGAAGUGCCUAUUAUGCCAAAGAAAAAAUUAUCUUUGGCACCAUCAAAAAAUCCAAUAAUUUUUCCAAAAGUAGAUUGCAAUACAAAUCUAUCAAUUCCUAAUGCCACGUUAAUUAAAACGGUGCCUACUCUGAAGAUUAUGAGUGUCGGUCAACUCUUAACAGAGAAGGAAGAAACAAAGCCAAUUUUUAUUAUGCAAAAUCCAAUAAAAAAAAUAGAAAAUUCCACUAGACAAAUAAUUCAAAUAAAUCCUAAUUAUGAGAUUGAUCAAAACGCAUCAAAGAAUAACGAAACGUGAAUGUGAUAAAAGACAAACAUUGUACAAUAAUCGUUAAAUGAUUAUAAUUUCAUUGAUAUUUUGGUAAGGAAAUGAUAUAGAAUUAGAAAUAUAAGUCGGUAUGUGUAUAAUGUAGAUAUCAAAGUAUUGCGCGUUAUUAACUUAAAUUAAAUAAACUUUGCAAUGUUGAACGAUAUUGAAUUUCUGAAUUGCUUUUGUAAGUUGAAGUCUUGCUCGAGUUAGGAAUGACAGUGCAAGAAAGAUCAGAAGGAGAAGGGAAGAAUAUACAGAGAAUUUUGGCUAUAAUUUAAUAGUAUAUGGGGAAUUUUCUAUUUUCAUAAUAUGGUAAUGUGAAUGAUACUCCAUAUCCAUGUGUAUAAAUCUAGGAAAAGGAAUCUUGUAUUUUUAAUUUAUUAUAAUAAAUUCAAUAUUUUCUUGCAA